AUGUACAAAGUAUAUUUUGCAUUGUUGGCUUUAAUUGCUAUUGCUACAGUCUCUGCCUCUGUCGCUUCCAGACAGAUGGUCAUUGCUCAAGUUGAAACCGAUACUCCAGCUCACUUUGUUUUAUCAAACAGAGCUUCACAAACAACUAUUUUACCAUUCAAAAUUUUAUUAAAACAAAAUAAUCUCGAUGUCCUUGAAGAAAUUUUCUGGGAAGUUUCAGAUCCAAAGUCCGAUGCCUACGGUAAAUUCAUGACCAAAAACGAAAUCGAUAUGUUGACAGGUGCCUCCGACGAGACUGUCAAGGCCGUCACCCAAUGGUUGUUCGCCAGUGGUCUCACCAAGUUUGACUUUAUGGUCUCUGCCGAUUACAUCCAAGUCAGAACCACCGUCAACAAGAUCGAGAAGUUGUUGAACGCUCAAUUCUACGACUACGUCUCUGCCUCCACCGGUAACCUCCGUACCCGUAUCAACGGUCGUGCCUACAUUCCAUUCGAUUUGGCCGAGCACAUCGACUUCAUCGUCGGUCUCUCUGAAUUCAUCGAAGAUCCAAAGAUGAAUAUCCAAACCAUCCCAGGUGCCAAGAAGCCAGUCCGUGCCAACGCCAGAAAAGCUGCCGAUUUGACCAUCACCCCUGCCGUCAUCAAGAACUACUACGGUGUUCCAGCCAGCCAAGUUGCCACCAACGACGCCAACUACCAAUCGAUCGCCGCUUUUGGUGACUACUUCUCAAUGGGUGCCCUCAACUACUUUGGUAAGACCUACAAGAUCUCCAAUGUCCGUGUCAACCGUCAAGGUCCAAACUGUUUCAACGAGAACUGUGACCAAAUGGAAUCCGACUUGGAUAUCCAAUACUCAACUGCCAUGGGUUUGAACGUCUCUACUCUCUUCAUUAACCACGCCAACGGUGAAUGGGUUUUGGAUUGGGCUAUCCAAAUUGCCGAUGCUUCACCAUUGCCAAUGAUUACCUCUCUCUCCUACGGUUUCUCUGAAAUCGAACAAUGUGUCCUCACCAACGAAUGUACCACCGUUGGUUACUCCAAUCUCCAAUAUGUCGAACGUUCCAACGUUGCCUUCCAAAAGUUGGGUCUCAUGGGUAUGUCCAUCUUGGUUUCCGCCGGUGACGACGGUGCUCCAUCGUUCUUCUACGCCUCUGGUAACUGUCCAUUGGAUGCCUCCAAGUACUGCCCACUCGGUGGUUGUGCCUCUUCCUCCACUCAAUGUCCAUCCGUCACCAUCAGCUACGCUGCAAACAACACCGUCUGUGUCUUCCCAGGUGGAACCGGUAACCCAACCUGUGGUAACAUCUUGAACCAAGAAGGAUCGGCCGCUCUCAACCAAUUCAUCAGCGCCAACAAGAAAUGCAAGGUCUCCAUCGAACAAGAUUCCCAACAAAACUAUCACAUCCACUCCAAUUGCGCAUGCAGCUCACUCAACACCAUCACCCACUCUGGUUUCAAGGUCUCCGGUUACACAUACAGCGAGAGCAACGGUGCCAUGUUCUACCCAGACUUCCCAACCUCCUCGCCAUACGUCACCUCUGUCGGUGCCACUCAAAUCCUCUCGAUGUCGCAACCAGAAAUUGUCUGCUCCAUCUCAACCGGUGCCAUCAUCACCGGUGGUGGUGGUUUCUCCAACGUCCAACCACAACCAGCCUACCAAGAACCAUCCGUCAACAACUACCUCCAACAAAACGUCAACCUCCCACCAGCCGGAACCUACAACACCUCCGGUCGUGCCUACCCAGACAUUACCUUUGUCGGUCACGCCUACUCCAUCGCCUACACCGGUUCCGACUCUGACACCUGUCCAUGCCAAUUGGGUAACGUCGACGGUACCUCCUGUUCCUCACCAACUCUUGCCGGUCUUUUCUCGUUGGUCAACGACAAGCUUUUGAACGCCGGAAAGUCACAACUCGGUUUCCUCAACCCAAUGCUCUACCAAGCUCAAGAGAACCAACCAUCCGUUUUCCACGAUAUCACCACCGGUGACAUCUCCUGUAACCGUGCCUACUGUUGUGAAUACGGUUUCCAUGCCACCCAAGGUUACGACGCUGCCUCUGGUCUUGGUUCAAUCAACUUCCCACAAUUCCAAAACUACGUUCUCUCUCUUAAAUAA